AUCCGAUAACAUGGCGGCUCGGUGGCAACAAGUCGACAAGAGCGCUUCGUUGAAAGCGCUUUUCACUUCAAGGCGGAAAUCAUACAAGCAUGAAAAGACAAGAUGAUAAAGUCCACUGGAGCCAUUUCAAUUCAAUAUAUUUCACCAUUAAAAUUGUAAUCUUAUCUGAAAAUAACUGCAAAAUACAGCGUUAUUGGAAAUAUUAGUAUUUGUUAUUUGGAAUAUUUUGGAGCUAGUUGGGAUAUCUACAAUGCAUUAGUCCAAGAGAUUACCACUAGCUGACAGUGAAUAAUUGGUCCAGAGUGUUUCAUAUAUUUACCGACUAUAUCAAAUUUAGGGGAUUUUAUAUAUUUUCAUUUUCAAAGCAUUAGAAGUGUAUAAAGUGUUUGAUCGUCACCAUGGCGACUGAAGCUAGUUGGAAGAGCUACAAUUAUAAUUAUAAUGAAAGGCGGGACCGCAGUAAAACUUAUGAUGACUAYAACAACCAUCGCAGUAUGUACAACUCRCCAAAAUCAAGAAGUCAUUCACAGAGCAAUUUCUAUAGAUCACCAAGCGAGAGAGAUUCAGAWAUAGGCGAAAGAGAAACAGGCAUAGUGGAGAAGAUGUUGCAUUCCUAUGGAUUUAUUCAGUGCUGUGACAGAGAAAUGAGAAUCUUUUUCCAUUACAGUCAGUUUAUGUCACAUAUAGAUGACCUUCAUGUCGGAGAUGGGGUGGAGUUUGGAGUGUCAUGUGAUGAGAGAUCCAAGAAGCCUAUCGCUAUAAACAUACGGCAACUUCCUCCUGGGUCUGCCUCYUUUGAGAUAUUCAGUGAGGAUAAGAUGAUGGGUGUUGUUGAUGCUGAGCCCAAAACUCAGCCAAGAUCACCAAGAUCGCCAAGCAAUGGCUACAUUGAACCAGAGGGUGGUCGCAUUUGCUAUGAAAGAAAAGGGGAAAUUUUUUACCUGAAUUUUUCACUCCUGGAUUGUACUAACCCAGCAAUUCCCCUUCACAUUGGUGACAAAGUUCAGUUUAUAGUUGCAACUGAUAAAAGGAGUGGUAUUGUAAGAGCUAAAGAUGUGGAGCUGGUAGAGUCAGCCAAAGCAGAGAAAUAUCAAGGAGUUGUUUCAUCAAUGAAGGAAUCGUUUGGUUUCAUUGAAAGAGCAGACAAAGUCAGCGAGAUUUUCUUUCACUACAGCGAGUUCAAAGGUGAUGUCAAUGAACUCAUGCUGGGUGAUGAUGUGGAGUUCACCAUCCAACCAAGAAAUGGMAAAGAAGUAGCUGUACGUGUKGAGAAACUACCUGAAGGAACAGUCACAUUUGAGGACAUCAGUGAACACAGCUACACUGGAGUAGUYGACAAGGCACUCAGCAAGUCUGUUGCUAAGAGACAGCAUGACCCAUUGCAUGGUAAAAUCAUUUAUGAAGGUGACGACGGAACUGACGAGGAGAUCGUGUUCAGUGAAAGAGAUCUCCAUGGCGAGUUUACUCUCAGACCUCAAGAUGUUGUGGAGUUCAACAUUGCAGUUGAUCGCCGUGAUUUCCUGAAAAGAGCAACUAACAUCAGGCUUGUGAAAGUAGCUGAUCCACAGAAUGGCGAUCUGCGAGAAAUGGGUUGGAUCUCUGCACUGAAGGAAGGGUUUGGAUUCAUUCGUUGCUGUGACAGAGAUGCCAGGAUGUUUUUUCAUUACAGUGAGCUACUUGAUGCCAACCAUCAAAUUCAAGUUGGGGAUGAAGUGGAGUUCAGUGUCACAGAGGAUAUAUCUGGUUCCAAGAGGCUGAAUGCGAUCAGAGUCAGAAUCCUUCCAAAGGGAACCAUCAAAAUUGAGGAUACAACUGGAGUGAGGUAUGUCGGCCACGUUGAAAGAGAGCCAUCUUUUGGUGGGAAAAGUCCUAGAAAGCAAGACUCCAACAGGGAUAGUGAAUCUGGUCUGAUCGGCUUUGAAGUUAAUGGCAAAAAAGAAACAGUAACAUUUGACUUGCAGAAUUCUGACCUGCGUCGCUCAGCUCAGUUUGGAGAUAAGGUUGAGUUCAGCUUGUGUGAGAGCAAUCGAACUGGAUACCGCAGAGCUGUGAAUAUUGAAGUCUUGAAGAGGAACACUGAAAUUAUUCAUCAGGGGUUUGUGGCUACUUUGAAAGAAAACUUUGGAUUCCUGGAGACAGCUGAUCAUGAUAAAGAAGUAUUCUUUCAUUAUAGUGAAUACGAUGGCGACCCAAAUGAACUCAACAUAGGAGAYGAAGUAGAGUACACCCUCAAGAUGAAGAGCUUUAAAGUCAGUGCUGAGGGAUUGAUCAAACUUGCUCCAGGAACCAUCAAUCGGGAGGAGAUUCAACCAGAAGUGUAUGAUGGGAAGGUGGUGAGACCACUGCGCAGGGCAGACCCACAGCAACUCGAGUAUACUGGUCUCAUUGAGUGCAUCCCAGAGGAACCAUCCAAUGAAGAGAGUAGCACCACCUCUGUCCAGUCCUUCACGAUACAGUAUAGCAUUAUCAGUUUGGUUGACAAGAAAACUGUGCUCCAGUGUGGCGACAAGGUUCGUUUUAAGAUUGGUAUCAACAAACAAACUGACAACCAACUUGCCAUGGAGGUCACCCCUGAGAGGARCCGUGUCAGAGCCAAUGUUGAAUCCAUCAAAGGACAGUUUGGCUUUAUUGCCUACGAGAACUUCGAAGGCAAGAACUUGUUUUUUCAUGUUAGUGAGGUUGCUGAUGAUGUUGAACUACAGCCUGGUGAUGAGGUAGAGUUCUACGUUGUCCAGAAAAGAGGUGGUAAACUGAGUGCCAUUGAUAUCGUUCGCAUCAGCGAAACACAAAGACCAGGACGCUUGCAGCUKAAGCAGAGAUCAGUCUCAGACGAAGGGAACAAGAACAGGUUUGAGGCUAUUCGAAAGCCACUUGGUCCCGAUGGCACACGUGGUUUUACAUACCAAAGAACACUCAAAAACCCAAUCCAGUCUCACGACAUUCCUUCAGAGCCACAGGAUACCCAAGCUGACGAACCCGGAGAGCAAAACGAAAACGAGGGCGAUAUCUUAGAAGAAUUAGUAGCAAAGCUUUGUGAUCUAGAUUGAUUGGUUAAUGCGGUGAUGAACGAGUUUGAUUGGAUGGUGUAAAUUGUAAGAUAWUGAUUGAUCAAUUGAGUAUUAAUUCAUUUGAUUGGUCCUGGACGUUGAUUGGUUAAGAUGUCGUUGUAUCUGGGAAAUGCCUUUUAUUAUUGUCGUAUAUUUUUUGCUUAGAUGUCUUUAGGUUUUAUUUUGAUGUUAUGUGUCUGUAAACUAAAGUAUAGAAUAAAUGAAUUUGCAAGUGCA